UGCGCUUGACAGUAACGAUUGAGAACUCGUGAGAUAUAUUUCACAAAUAGGUUUGCUCUUUCGUUCUGCGAAAAUAAAAGGCAAUUUUUCCGUUGAACUUACAAUCAAUAGGAUGAGAUUGUAAACACUGACACUUAAAUUAAUCAAUAGAUAACGAUCUGUAUUACAAAUAUUCUAUGUUCAGAAAGAUACCAAAAGGAAGUAAUAAAAAUAACGCAGCGAGGAUGCCGUACGACGAGUGUAGAUUCGAUUUGCAAGAUGCGGAAAAGCUGUUGAAAUCUGAGAAAUGGAAUUCAAGAACGUACAUCGAAUUCAAUGAUCUUUGUUACUCGAUUCGUAACCACAAAGGGAGUGAAAAUACAAUCUUACAUAAUGUAACGGGUCAUUUUGAACCUGGGAAGAUCACAGUGAUAAUUGGGCCCUCUGGUGCAGGAAAAACUACACUAAUGAAAAUCAUAUCGGGGAAACGAUCAAUGGAUAUUAAAGGUACUCUCACUGUGAACAACGAUGAAUGGAAUAAAGGAAUGUUCCGUAAACACGUGUGCUACGUACCGCAGCAAUUUGAUUUAUUGCCAUACCUUACAACGAGAGAAACACUUUGCAUAGCAGCUCGACUAAAACUCGAUGUUAAUCAGAAUAAACAAGAGAUUAAUACAGUUGUGAACGAUAUCGCAGAGAAUCUCAAGUUAUCAAAUUGCCUUGACACAUUAGCAAACAGAUUAAGCGGUGGGGAAAAAAAGAGAUUGUCUAUCGGUGUACAAAUGAUCACCAAGUCAUCAGUUUUCUUAUUAGAUGAGCCAACAAGCGGUCUUGACAGUGCAGCGUCUUAUCAGCUACUUAGCAUAUUGCACAAUAUGGCAAAAGCAAACUGCACUAUAGUUUGCGCGAUACAUCAACCCAGUAGUCGUAUGAUUUCGCUUUUCGAUGACAUCAUGGUACUUAAUCGAGGCAGAUGUUUGUACUGCGGCCCAAAAAGCGAGAUCUUAAGCACAUUCAACAUUGCCGGAUUCACGUGUCCCAGUUUCUACAAUAUAACCGAAUUUGUGCUCGAUGUGAUAACUGAGCAGGAAGAUGAAGAUUUAAAAAAUUUACAAAAGAUUUCUCGUGAUGCAUACGAAAAAUUCAGACCCCGCAGUGAACAUAAAAAUAAACUGAAUUCAUUAACUGAUUUAAAACAGAAUUUCGAAAGAGAUAAUACAAUUACAACCAUAAAUAGCAAAAUGCAAGAAAAAUCUACAUGGCAACAGCAAAAGAUUUUAUUUUCGCGAACUCUAAUCGGUAUCAAACGAGAUAGUACAAUACUAAAAAUUGCUUCGCACAUCCUAAGUGGACUAUUAUUCGGGUCAAUGUUCUAUAAUUUCGGCGACGACGCAACAAAAGUACAAAGCAACAUCUUUUGCUUAUUUAUUACUCCAGUGUAUUUAUUUUUUAUGCAUUCCCUACAGACAGUAAUGACGAUUUCGUCGGAAACGGCAGUAUUCCUGCAAGAAUAUUUAAAUAAUUGGUACUCUUUCAGAGCCUAUUACAGCAUAAAAGUGUUAUCGGAUAUCCUGAUGCAAGUACUUUGCACCACAUCUUACCUGUUAAUAUUAUAUUACAUGACAGGGCAGCCAAUGGUAUUCAAUCGAAUAAUACAGACGUGGACUAUUUGUCUGUUAAUUAUGAUUCUUGGACAAACGUAUGGGAUAUUUGUAGGCACAGCAUUUGGCGCUAAGAUUGGUGUAGUGUUGAUAGUGGCAAUUAAUGUACCAUUAAUGAUGUUUGCUGGAUUUUAUGUAAAAAUAGCAGAAUUGCCGAAGUACAUACAACCUUUAGGUUAUAUAAGCUACUUUAGGUAUUCAUUUGAAGGAAUGAUGUAGGCGAUCUACCUCGACAGGCCUAAUCUAUCGUGCCCUGAAAAUUAUUGUUACUUUGGUUCAACAAAAAAAAUUCUUUCAACAUUGUACCUUCCCACAGUACCAUUGUAUAUAAUUCUGAUAAUACUUGCCUCUUGGACACUGUGUUUUCAUGUAAUCGUAUGUGCAGUACUCUAUUGGAAAAUUCAUUACGCAAAAAUGUGUUAAUGCUCGCGUCCCGUUCUAACAAGUCUAGAAUAUAGGGUUUCAGAAACCUGUUUGUUUCGUAAACCUGUUAUUGUAUAAGAUUUAUAAAGAAUUAACAAUUUAUAAUUUUUUAUAAAUAAAAGUGCCUAGUCUAA